AGAUGAAUGAAAGCCGUAGCCGGUCAGUAUCCAUCCGAUGAUCGUGCCGUCCACAUGUGAGAGCGCCGGAUUGUUUCAAAGUGUGCUUUUUAUGUUGUUCUUGCUCGGUUAGAAAGAAUAGACCCGUGUGAUUUAUGCUGCUGGUCUGACCAGAACAAUUAGCAACAGAACCAUCCAACUUCAGCCGCAACGGUCAAAGAGCAACUACAUGCAGCCUGCAUAUUGCGCAACGCUUCAGGAGAUGGUUCUGUAACUGAUCUGGACGUGCCUUUUCUAAAAAGCGGGAAAACGUGAAAGGAGGGAAUCUGUAACAAACAAAAAAGUGCAUGUGACCAAGUUCAAAUAAAAAAGAGAAAAAACAGGGAUUAAACGGUUGCGUGAUUUUGGUUAAGUGAACCCGUAUAAUUUCCAACGAGCAGGCAAAGCAGCAAUUGAAGAAUACCCAGUGAAAGAAUGACAAAAAUGUGACAAAAAGCGGCGUGUCGAAAGGGAAUGAUUAUUGCAUGUGAAACUGGCGGCUAUGGUGAUUAAUUACAAAAUUCGACUUCCUUCCGAUGGUGGUGUGUGCUGAGAGAGAAGAGGAUUGCAACCAGUGAAAAGAAUUAGUAACAGUGUGGAAGUGUGAUCAUAGAAAUCCAGAAUUUUAUUAUACCAAAUAUACAAGACUGGCACAAGAUAUUAGAACAGAAUAAUUCGCAUCCCACUUGGAGUCACGAUGAAUUUGAUGACCGUUAGCAGAAUUAGCCGAAGCGCCAAACACGCGUCACUCAAUUGGAUCAUCGCGCGACUAAUGAUGGUGACGACCAUUCUCCGGCCAGAGUUUGCCCUCUGCGGUCAACAGUUCAGAAGCGUUCCAACCACGGUCAAAACGUACGAGAACGAAACCGUCCUGCUGCCGUGCUAUCACAAUUCUCCGUACCGAUAUGUGCGAUGGACGAGAGACGAUAUGCUGCUGGUAGACUCGAGGAACCCGGCGUUAACGCCACCCCCGCGGUUUCACCUUUGGAAAAACGGCAGCCUGGAGGUGGAUCAGGUCCAGAUGGAUGACACGGGAGAUUACAGAUGUGAGAUAAUGACCGAAGCGGAAAAGGCAAUCCAGAGGCAUGCCAUCGAGGUGCAGUAUCCUCCAAACAUAUUGAUGCAUCCAUCGGAUCGGGUCGAAGUGAAGGUUGGACAAAUUUUGGAAAUUGUUUGCGAUGCAACCGGAGUUCCACAACCAUACAUCUCUUGGAGUUUUAAAAACGAUAAUGCCAGCGCAACUUUUGACAAUAAUCGAAAAAUAAACCUGCUGGUCGAAAGCAAGGAUUUUGCUGGUCCAAUAGAAUGUACCGCAACCAACGGAGUUGGUGAGCCUGUCAGUGAAACUCUAGAUGUAUUCGUCGACUUCAUGCCAGAAGUGUCGGUCAGAACGACUCCCAUCCACACAAAGAUCGGCCAGAAUGCUCAUCUGGAAUGCAUAGUUACAUCGGCCCCAACUGCAUCCAUCCAUUGGUUUCACAACGGACUGCCCUUGCCCUCAGAUCGACGAUUCACGAAACAGGAUGGCAUCGUUAGAAAACCAGAAUAUCAUACAGUCUACCGACACGUCCUGUUCAUUCGGAACGUUAGGGAUGCCGACCUGGGUAACUAUGAGUGCAAAGCUGAAAAUAAGAUCGGCAUCAAGGGAGCUCACCUAGAGCUCACGGGACGUCCGAUGCAGGCUUCGUUCAAGCCUUCCACAGAAAUGUCUUCACCAACGACGCACAACCUCAUCUGGCAGGUGGAGAGUUUCUCGCCUAUAAUUGAGUACAAACUGAAAUUCCGAAAGAUUCCCUCGGGAAACAUAACGCCCAGCAAGCGGUAUCCGAAUCUUCCUUGGAGUGAACUGAUCAUUCCAUCGGAUUUUUCCGACGGUCCAUUGCACAGUACAGGGUACACUCUGCAGGGCCUUCAAGGUACCAGCGUGUACGAGGUCGUUGUUCUGGCCAGAAACCGUUACGGAUGGAGCGAUGCCAGUAAUAUAUUGAGGUUUGCCACCGGAGGAGAAGUUGAACUGCAAGACUCAGGAUAUCAAACGACGGAGACUAUCGAGUAUCCCAGCGAAAGUGAAUAUCCUAGCAUUACGGAUAACGUGAUCCCGGACGAGGUGUAUGACGAAUUUUAUGGGAAUAUCAAUAGUGGAAUCGAUUCCGUUCAGAAUGUGGAGAUGCUGAGUGUGCUGGCAUGUUUGUUCAACGGUUUUCUGUAUUUUGUACUAAAUUAGAAGUUUAUAAUAAAUUUUAUU